CAGGGUUGAGUUAUAGAGCGAGAGAUUUAUUUCCACAGCUGACAGUGAAGCUCCAGUCCCAUACUCGAUUUAGAGCUGUACUUUGAGAGGGGCUGAGAAAGGGACUGACAGUUUAAAAAGUGGAGAAAUAAACAGAUAAAAUGGACACUUUGGCUUUAGAGGCGACACUGCCCAAAAAGGCCCAGAAUGGAGCCGUGCCAGCGUUGCCCCCACCGCCCACCCCUGCCAAACGCAAACCUGCUAAAAAAACUAAGAAAGCUGUUGUCUUUUUUGAGGUGGAGAUUCUGGACGCCAAGACGAAGGACAAGCUCUGCUUCCUGGACAAGGUCGAGCCCAAUGCUACAAUCUGGGAAAUCAAGUCUAUGUUCCACAAGAGUCACCCACAGUGGUAUCCGGCCCGGCAGUCCAUUCGUUUGGAUCCCAAGGGGAAAUCGCUGAAGGAUGAAGAUGUGCUUCAGCACCUUCCUGUAGGAACGACAGCAACUUUCUACUUCAGAGACCUGGGAGCUCAGAUCAGCUGGGUCACAGUGUUUCUGACUGAGUAUGCCGGCCCGCUCCUGAUUUAUUUGAUGUUUUACUUCAGAGUUCCAUUUAUUUAUGCACCUAAAUAUGACUUCACUACCAGCAAACAUUGGGUUGUACAUUUGGCGUGUAUGUGUCACUCUUUCCACUACGUUAAGAGACUUCUAGAAACAUUGUUUGUUCAUCGCUUCUCCCACGGGACGAUGCCUCUCCGCAACAUCUUCAAGAACUGCACAUAUUACUGGGGAUUUGCUGCUUGGAUGGCUUAUUACAUCAACCACCCGCUGUACACGCCGCCAAUUUACGGAGAACAGCAGAUCAGACUGGCCCUCAUUGUUUUCCUGUUUUGUCAGAUUGGAAACUUUUCCAUCCAUAUUGCCCUGAGAAAUCUCCGGCCACCAGGAUCUAAGACGAGGAAGAUCCCGUAUCCGACUAAAAACCCCUUCACCUGGGUCUUCCUGCUCGUCUCCUGUCCUAAUUACACUUACGAGCUGGGUUCGUGGCUGGGCUUCACUUUGAUGACUCAGUGUCUGCCUGUGGCGUUUUUCACCCUGGUGGGCUUCAUCCAGAUGACCGUGUGGGCAAAAGGAAAGCACCGCAGCUACCUGAAGGAGUUUCGCGACUAUCCGAAGCUCCGCUCUCCGAUCCUGCCCUUCGUUCUUUAGGACAGAAUCAGUAUUCGGCUCGGCUUUUAAUCCCGUCUGCAUCUCCCAUGUCUCUUUUAUAGUAUCCCAUUCCCCUUUUCCAAACUUUAUCCAUUUGCUUGCUUCCACAAAACUCCACCCCCUUUUUACAUGCAUCUUUCUUACAGUCUCCAAGCACCAAACAUCUUGCAUAUCUCUGUCGGAUCACUUAGAAUGGACUCUGAUCCGGAACUGAAACUCUCUAACAGGUUAUCGAAGACUUCAUGCUAAUGACUCCAUGUGGCCCUCUAUGUAUGAGAUGAUGUCUGUCUGGUUGAACCUCACUAACACUGUCAAGAACAUGUCUGGGUUAUAUUUCACCCCAUCAUCAAAAUAAAUGACAUCUUGUGUUACAUAAAGAAAAUUAAGCCUAUUUGUUUUUGCUAUGUAAGUGGAGAAAAGUGGAGGAAAAAACUAUUUACAUUUGUGAGGUACACUUAAAGCUGGCUUACUUUCAACCCUGCAUUGGGUCAAAAAUAUAUAAAUCGCUGGGUUAAAUUAACCCAAAUUUUUUUAAAUUUGACCCAACAAUAGGUUAAAACAACCCAGCAUCGGUUAAAUUACAACCCAGCAGGUCGGGUAGUUGUGUCUAGAAGGUAUAUGGCUACAGCCAAACAUUUUACAGGAUUUAGGCUGUAGCUAUAUCCUAUCUAGCCAAAACUGCUUUUUUUGUCCUAAUCUUACCCCCAAACCAUCAUUUCACGUGAUUUGGCACUAGCUGUAUCCCCUCUUACCAGAACUAGGUUGGCCCAUUUUUUUAAAGUGUACUUUUUGAAGAAUUCAUAGUAUUUGCUGUUUUCUAUAGGGUGAAUUUAAUGUACAUUACUGUACUACAGUAAGUUUUCUCAUUAAAAUUGAAUGAAGUUGGUUAUAGAGAAGAUAUUGAAGUUUGCUGCAUCUGUUUGAUUGAUUGCUCUGAUGCGACUUUAGUAAAGUUAUGCUUUUUUCCUCAUUGUGAAACUGUUAACCAUCAAAACAAGACCACUGACUGUAUUCAACACUGUAGAGUGUUCUUCUAACAUGCCAUACUGUAUUACAUGACACUAAAGGUAAUAACACUGCAGAUGUCAGACUGAUCUCACUGAUACUUUGUUGACCUAAAAUUUAUAUUAAACAAAAUAAAACAA